GGCGGUGAAAAUUGCUUUUUGUCGUCUAGCAAGAAAUGUAUUUGCAAGAAAUGUAUUUGCGAGAAAUGUAUUUGUACUUGAAAAGAGAAAGCCUUACGUUUUAGGUUUGACAAUGAAAACAAUAAGUACAAGCUCUUCGCAAUCGUAUCCUAUGGUUCCUAUAGUUAUUGAGCAAACGGGGCGUGGUGAACGUGCAUAUGACAUAUAUUCUAGACUUUUAAAAGAUCGAAUAAUAACUGUAAUGGGUCCGAUAACCGAUGAUUUAGCAAACAUUGUUGUGGCACAGUUGCUAUUUCUUCAGACAGAAAGUGCUGUUAAACCCAUUCAUAUGUAUAUUAAUAGUCCAGGUGGUGCUGUUACAGCUGGUCUGGCUAUAUAUGAUACGAUGCAGUAUAUUCGUCCUCCUAUAUCCACAUGGUGUGUGGGCCAAGCUUGUAGUAUGGCAUCACUACUUCUGGCAUCUGGCGCUAAGGAAUUACGUCAUGCAUUACCUCACUCGCGAAUUAUGGUUCAUCAACCUCACGGUGGUGCAUCAGGGCAAGCCACGGAUAUUGCAAUUCAAGCUCAGGAGAUCUUGAAGUUAAAGAGAAUAAUCAACGAAAUUUAUUCGGAACAUACUGGACAACCUACAAAGAAAAUAGAAGAAGCUUUGGAGAGAGACAAUUUUUUAUCUCCCGAGGAAGCGAAAGAAUUUGGUCUGAUUGAUCGUGUUCUUUCACAUCCCCCGAGUAACGAUGGCUCCACACACGAAGAGAAAAUUAGUUAGGAUAGGAUAAUUCAAAUUUUCUGACUCAUGCCUAUCUACUCUGGCCUAGAAGAUUUGAUAUGUAUAUAGAAAAAUUAACAAGAAUUUUUGA